AUGACGACAAGUACAGCAGCCGCCGCUUCGUUUGGAGCAGAUUCCCACUCAACCCCCUCUCGAGCUCCCCCGUCCAGAUCCUACUCGACACGCUCCUCCCGGCCCCCUCCUGCAACGCCAGCAAACGCCAACUCCAACAACUCCAACCAGAGCCAUCGUCAUUAUCCACCUGACAAUCAACACAGCAGUCGCAGCCACCACCGCCGCACAAGCUCGUCCUCUCGCCCUUCCAGUUACGUGUCUCCGCACAAUGACUACGAAACCUCCAACUUAGCAUCAGGCCAUUCGCACUCCAGGCGCAGUGCCAGCAGGGACCGCGCACCACCACCCUCGCCUAGAAACCCCCCGGAUUCCUCACGGUCCCAUAGGCGAACGGGCAGCAGACCUAUCGACAAUCGCCAUCCACAACAUCAACAACAGCAGCAACAACAGCAGCAGCAGCAACAUCACCGUCACCAGCAGUACGACAUGGCGCCUUCCGCCGUCGACGACACCGGCACCUCACACUCACAUCGCCAUGGCGAUGGGCCCGAAGCCAUACACACAUCCUCCAAACAGUCCAGAUCCAGAACCACCAUUCCCACUCAAUCCGGGAAAUGGAUUCUGGGCAAGACAAUCGGUGCUGGGAGCAUGGGCAAGGUGAAGCUGGCACGAAAGGAGGAUGGCGGUGAACAGGUUGCAUGCAAAAUCAUUCCUCGAGCUUCCACCGACGACGGUCACCAAAGCCGCGCCGAUAAGGAACGCGCCGACCAGUCCAAGGAGAUUCGUACUGCACGCGAGGCAGCUAUCGUCACCCUCCUCAACCACCCCCACAUUUGUGGACUUCGGGAUGUUGUCCGUACAAACUACCACUGGUAUAUGCUAUUUGAGUAUGUCAAUGGCGGUCAGAUGCUUGACUACAUCAUCUCGCACGGCAAGCUCAAGGAAAAGCAAGCCCGCAAGUUCUCUCGCCAAAUCGCGAGUGCGCUCGACUACUGCCACCGCAAUAGUAUCGUCCAUCGAGACUUGAAAAUCGAGAAUAUUCUAAUCAGCAAGACGGGUGAUAUCAAGAUUAUCGACUUUGGCCUCAGCAACCUUUUCGCUCCCCGUGGCCACCUAAAGACUUUUUGCGGCAGUCUCUACUUUGCCGCCCCUGAGCUACUUCAAGCGAGAGCUUACACGGGACCUGAAGUAGAUGUCUGGAGCUUCGGCAUCGUCUUGUACGUUCUGGUUUGUGGCAAGGUACCAUUCGAUGACCAGAGCAUGCCAGCCCUGCAUGCCAAGAUUAAGAAGGGAAUCGUCGACUACCCCAGCUGGCUUUCCACUGAAUGCAAAAACCUCAUUUCAAGAAUGCUGGUGACGGACCCAAAGGCUCGAGCCACGAUGCAGGAAGUUAUGCAACAUCCAUGGAUGGUCAAGGGCUUCAACGGACCCCCAGAGAACUUCUUGCCCCCCCGUGAACCCUUGACUACCCCUCUGGAGUCCGAGGUUAUUCAUGCCAUGCAGGGCUUCAACUUUGGCUCACCCGAACACAUCAAGUCGCAGCUAUUGCGUAUCGUUGAGUCCGAGGAGUAUCAACGAGCCGUGAAAAUGUACGAGCGAGAGAAGGACGUCCCUCAACCAAGCAGGGAAGCCGAGAAAAAGCGAGGCUUUGGCUUCGACUUUUACAAGCGAAGAAAUUCCCAGAACAGCCGUGAUACACUCACUGGUCCUAGUUCUGAGGCUCUUCAGAUCGGAAACGAUCCACUCAACGCAUUCAGCCCUCUUCUGUCAAUAUACUACCUUGUAAAGGAGAAGCAAGAUCGCGAGCGAGCAGAGAGUACGCCGCCAGCCAGCCUUCUUGCAAAGGAGAAAGAACGGGAGAAAGAACGGGAGAAGGAGCGGGAGAAGGAGCGCAACCGAGAGAAGGAAUCGUCAACCUCAAUACCAGAAAUAGCGCCACCCCAAGAAGCGCACACAAACUCUACUUCGUAUGAAUUGCGUGGCGAGAAGCCCACUGGGGGUCGAAGCCGGCCUCGGGCUCGUACCCAUGGCGAGGAUGACGCUCCAGAAAUGGCAAAGGCUGCCGCUUUGCUGCCGCCUGAGCCUAAGGAACAGCCUCAGAAGAAGGAAGGAACCGCGGCCGGCCUGCUCAGGCGAUUUAGCACACGCAGACGUAAGGAGCCUGAGCGGCUUGACAAAGACCGCUCCCACCCUCCUGUUGUUCAAGUUCACUCUCCUGCAGAGACUCCCACACUUGCCCCUAGGAAGAGCUUCAGCAUCCGCCGUGGACGCCGUGAGAGAGAUGAUAACGGUGAGCCACCACUCCGGUCUGGCAGCAGCCAGCCUCAGCAUAGGGAGCUUCUCAGCCCCCCGAUGUCUGCUGGCGGUAUUAGAGAAUCCCGGAAAACAGGUCUCGGCAGAUCUACAAGUGUCAAUUCAGCUGAGGUGCGACGGCACCAAUCGGCACGGGUUCCCAAAGAACCACUCCCAACUAGCGGGUCGGAUCAGUCCGGCCUGAAUGAGCCAGAUACCCCCAACCAACGAGGCCACGGGCAUUCAAAGUCCGUUGCUUUGAGAGCCAAGUCACUCGGCCAUGCCCGACGUGAAAGCAUUCAACAGCGACGGCAGCGCAGGGAAGCAGCCCAGUCAUCCAAUGUGGUGGAGGAGACAGAUAUGGAACAGGAGCAGAGUGGUGUCUCAACCGAACGUUUAGACGAUGCAGAACUUGCAAAGCCUGUCUUCCUCAAGGGCCUGUUCAGUGUGUCUACAACCUCGGGGAAGUCUGUCCCAGCAAUUCGCACCGAUAUUAAGCGAGUCCUGAAGCAGCUCAAUGUCGAUUAUACAGAAAUAAAGGGAGGUUUCAGCUGCAAGCACUCGCCCAGCAUCGAUCUCAAUAAGAUCCAAGACCCUCCCGGCAGCCCCGCCCAGACACCAGGGCACAGGCGACGGUUCAGCUUUGGGGGUUUAAGGAGGGGAGAGGAUGACAGCCGUGAUGCGGAACGACCGCCAACGACGCCCAGAACGCCAGGCCGGUCAGACCGCGAUCGCAGUUAUUCAAAUUCAGAAACCUCGAUUGAUAGCAUUCCCCGAAGGAACGGGGCAACACCAAAGAGGACUCCUGGAGAGACCAGCACACAAGUCCAGAGCGAUCUGGGAGGCAACAUGAUCCUGGAAUUCGAAAUCUUCAUCGUCAAAGUGCCUUUGCUGUCUUUGCACGGCAUCCAAUUCAAGCGUUUAGAUGGCAACACAUGGCAGUACAAGAGCAUGGCGGACCAGAUCCUCAAGGAGCUGAAGCUGUAG